CUCCUCGCGAGAGAGUUCGUUCUCAUGCUCGCUGCCGGGGUCGGAGGUCAGACGGAGCGUCUCGCGGGCCGUAGGAGGAAGAUGGCGGUGGAGUCGCGCGUUACCCAGGAGGAAAUUAAGAAGGAGCCGGAGAAACCGAUCGAUCGGGAGAAAACGUGCCCGCUGCUGUUACGUGUUUUCACCACCAAUAACGGCCGCCACCACCGAAUGGACGAGUUUUCCCGCGGAAAUGUACCGUCCAGCGAGCUGCAGAUCUACACCUGGAUGGAUGCAACUUUGAAAGAACUGACUAGUUUAGUAAAAGAAGUCUACCCAGAAGCUAGAAAGAAGGGCACACACUUCAAUUUUGCAAUUGUUUUUACAGAUCCUAAAAGGCCUGGCUAUCGAGUAAAGGAGAUUGGCAGCACCAUGUCUGGGAGGAAGGGGACUGAUGACUCGAUGACCCUGCAGUCGCAGAAGUUCCAAAUAGGAGACUAUCUGGACAUAGCAAUCACACCUCCAAAUCGGGCACCACCACCUUCGGGGCGCAUGAGACCAUAUUAAAUUUUAUUUACUAUUUCUUGAAUUAUUUUUCAUUCAGUUAUGUAAAAUAAAUUCUUUUCCUCCCCUCGUCAUUGCCAUUAAGCCUUUAAAGUCUAAACAAAUUGUAAUGCGUCUAUUUAGGAAUUAGAUUUGGCUGUGCUUUGGUAUGGAUAUUAAUAGAAAGUCUGUAUGUUUCUGGUCCUUCCAUAGAAUACAAAGAAAAGUGCUCUUAGCAUUCUUUGUAAAACUGUAUUGUUAAAUAUAUGUGUGCAAUCAACUGGAGUGUGAAAAUUCAUGAAGGCAUGGGAACAGGGUUUAAUGUAGUAUUUGGGGUUUAUGCUGAGUAAUGGAGGAUGGUAUUAUUUAAGGCCAAAUGGGGCUGACUAAGAGAGCCUUGGGAUGAAUUAGAGGGUGAGUUUGUGGCCUGGACUGUUGCCUGCAGUUAGAACAAGGAUGAGGUGGCAUUUUGGAAUAGCAUGAGCUGAGGCAAGUUGAAGAAGCUGUGUCUGCUCAAAGAAAUGGACCUGCCUAAAAAUAAGGUACAGCGAUGUAAAAAGAGGAAAGUGGGUGCCAUGGUGAGGGCUUUUUAUGUUUGAAAAAUGGGGAGAAUAGGGCAUUUUGAAGACGAACCAGUAUAGAGGAAACAAGGGUUAGCACUUAGGAUAAGUUGGGAAGGUUUACUUCGAAGAUCUGAAAAUGGAGGGACAAAAGAGGAAUCCCAAGAUCUGGGAGCAGAGCCAGGGAUUUGGCGAAGUUGAGUAAAUAGAGGCUAUCGACACUUGGAGUUACCAGUGCCGGGGAUUGGCUUGUAUCCGUGUCUGGCGAGUCAGCGUGCGUCGUGCUUAAGACAAGCUGGGCUAAACAUUUCUGCACCAGCAGCUUGGCAGCCUUGGACCAGUUACAUGAAUCUCUUGGUAUUUAUUUGUAAAAUGGAGAGGACAGCCCAUGGGAUUGUGGCGAUUAAAUAUUUCUAGAGGCUUGACCUGUAAGAAACAGUAAAUAUUAGCUAGUAGCCAUAAAGUAGUCAAAGCUGGAUCUGAAUCUUCUGUGGCUCUAUUACAUUCGCCUCUUGAAGUUUCUAGAGUGUGGCCAGAGUGUAGUGAGCCUAAAUUACCAUAGUCUGUUACAGUAGGAAAUGAAAAACUUAUAUUCCAAAAUGAACAAAGAGGUGCGAGCACUGAUUUUCAGUCAGAUUCCAGUCAUUUUAUCUUGUACAUAGAGAAGCAGCCUUUUAAAUGUAAUGGUUCUGUGGAAUUGAUGUCCCUUUAGCAAAGCCCAUCACCAGGCGGCAGAGAACCAGCCCAGAACCUAGAUCUAGUGCCUCUUCUCUGAAGUUCACCACAAACCCUUAGAUUUUUUUCUUUCAGAUUAGAUAGACUUGAGUUCUAUCAGUCAUAAAAGUAAUUUAAACCAUUUUUUUUUUUUUUUUUUUUUGAGGAACCAUGGUUAUCUUCCUAUUUGUGGGGAAGAAACUGAUUUACUAUGCAGAGAAGAAGGUAGGAACUAAAUACAGGACCUUUGUAAGCCAGUUUUUUAUAUGGCAUGAACUACAAUGAGGGCUCUCCUGUAAUUCCAGGUUAUUCUCCCAGUAAUUUUAAAGUGGUUUAUUUGCCUGGUUCCAACAUGGAAUUUUUCCUUUAAAGAUUUCAGUCUUCUACCAAAAGUACAGUUAAAGACUACCUGAUGGAUUUAUUAUUGACCGUAAUGCUAAGAAUCAGACGACUUGUACUUAGUCCUUAUUUACCUCUGGCUUUGGUAAGUAUGGCUUAUAGGUAAGUAACUGAGCUGUUUCCUCAAAUAUAAAAUAGAAAUAAAUGGUCACCGUGACAGUACCAUGCUCAGUGCUUAGUGUCCUGACUGCCUUGUUUGCUCAGAAGGUAUUUCUGGAGUUGAAAUUUUCCCUUCGGAGUAUGUGUUCUAGCUCAUGUGUUGCCUAUAAUUUGCCUAUCUUUUGAGUUUCCUCAUAGUAUACGUGAACUUAGUGUUUUGAGUUAUUUACCAGAUCUUCAGUAGCGAGUCUCACUGUUAAAAUUAUAUUUGGAUUUUACAAAAUGUGGCUGUGGGACCAUUACAUCCACAGUAAUCGCUGGCUCAGGUGAUGUUUGAGAUGGUGGCAUGUGCUCAUGUGUGUGAGUGCACACAUGCAUGUGAGGGGGAAGGAACUAUUACACUGUUAGGUUAGGUUUAGAAUUCUAAAAACUUAACUGUUAUUCUUCAAUAAAGAGCUGAGUUCAAACUGCC